GAGGAGGCAACCAGAUUAUAUACCUCCUGUCUGGCGCUGGACGGCCAAUGAAACACUUCUCAAGGGGAUACUUUAUUAUGGCAACAAUAAAUACGAUGGGAGAAGGCAGGGCGCCGGAAUAAUGCAACACACGUUGACUUUUAAAAGCGACAAAUAUGAGGGCGUGAAUCAACGCCACAACAUGAGCCAGCUUCAAAGUCGUGGUGCGCACUAGCAGGGAUCGGAGAAACGGAGAAACCGGCGAUGAUUUCCCUCUAAACUUUGCUUAUAUAACUUGUGGAUUGAACGGUCAUUGAUGCAAAGUGGUGCGCAAGGAUGGCUACUCCAACGCAUCCGGAGACCAGGAGAUUUACGCGGGGUCUGGGUAAACCUGGCACGGCGGCUGAACUCAGGCAAAGUGUCUCUGAGGUGGUGAGGACGUCCGUGCUGAUUGUGAAACCGAAGGUGAUCGAGCCGCUGGACUAUGAAAAUGUGCUGGUGCAGAGGAAGACACAAAUCCUCAGUGAUGUCCUCAGAGACAUGCUGCAGUUCCCCUUGGAGGACUUUGAGAUUUCAACUUUGAGGCGGCAAGGGAGAACACUCUACCCUACCGUGCCUGAAAAUGCAGAGAGGGAGGCUCAGAGUCUGUUUGUCCAAGAGUGCAUUAAGACCUACAAGUCUGACUGGCAUGUCGUCAACUACAAGUAUGAGGACUAUUCUGGAGAAUUUCGACAGCUUCCAAACAAAGUGUCCAGACCUGAUAAACUGGCUGUCCAUGUAUUCGAAGUCGAUGAGGAUGUUGACAAAGAUGAGGAUACAGCCUCCCUAGGAUCCCAGAAAGGCGGGAUUUCCAAACAUGGCUGGCUGUAUAAAGGCAACAUGAACAGUGCCAUCAGCGUCACCAUGAGGUCGUUCAAGAGGAGGUAUUUCCAUCUAACCCAGCUCGGGGACGGCUCUUAUAAUCUGAACUUCUACAAGGAUGAGAAGAUCUCCAAAGAGCCCAAAGGAACCAUUUUCUUGGACUCCUGUAUGGGUGUGGUCCAGAACAACAAGGUUCGGCGGUUUGCUUUCGAGCUGAAGAUGCAGGAUAAGAGCACCUACCUGCUGGCCUCAGACAGUGAAGGAGAGAUGGAGGAUUGGAUCAACACGCUCAACAAGAUCUUGCACAGCAGCUUUGAGAUUGCCAUGCAGGAGAAGAGGAAUGGAGACAUUCAUGAUGAUGAUGAUCUUGGAAAGUCAGACAGUUCCUCUGGCAGUAUGGACAGCUUUCAGAGCACAAGAGAUAUAGAGUCAAGGAUGAGGAGCGAGACCAGAUUGAAGCUGUUCACCCUGGACCCUGACACACAGAAACUAGAUUUCUCAGGAAUAGAGCCGGAUGUGAAGCAGUUUGAGGAGAAGUUUGGUAAGCGGGUUCUGGUGAACUGCAAUGACCUCUCAUUCAAUCUGCAAAGCUGUGUGGCCGAGAACGAGGAAGGACCAACAACAAACGUGGAGCCAUUUUAUGUCACCCUGUCACUCUUCGACAUCCAGAACGGCAGGAAGAUCUCUUCUGACUUCCAUGUGGACUUAAACCACCCGUCUGUAAGGGGCAUGGUGCCCAGUAACACCAGUCAGUAUAUGAACGGGGGAGGGGACACCCACCCUGAGGGGCAACGGUUGAUCCACGGGCUGCCAGAGGCAGCCAUGCAGUAUCCAAGACAGGGAGUGUUCUCGGUAACAUGCCCCCACCCAGAUAUCUUCCUGGUGGCCCGCAUAGAGAAGGUUCUUCAAGGGGGAAUCAACCACUGUGCCGAGCCGUACAUGAAGAGUUCAGACUCCACCAAGGUGGCACAGAAGGUCCUGAAAAAUGCCAAACUGGCAUGCAGCCGGUUAGGCCAGUACAGGAUGCCUUUUGCCUGGGCAGCAAGGCCUUUGUUCAAAGAUGCUUCAGGGACGCUUGACAAAAGUGCUCGUUUCUCAGCUCUGUACAGACAGGACGGCAACAAGCUGUCCAAUGACGAUAUGCUCAAACUGCUGGCUGAUUUCAGAAAGCCAGAGAAGAUGGCCAAGCUGCCUGUAAUCCUAGGAAACCUCGAUGUUACCAUUGACAAUGUAGCCCCUGACUUGACAAAUUGUGUUACCUCAUCCUACAUUCCUGUGAAGCAGUUUGAUGUCAGUGAGAAGACCAACAUCUUCUUUGAAGUGGAGGAGUUUGUGCCGUGCAUAGCCAAAUGUUCUCAGCCUUUCACCAUCUACAACAAUCACCUCUAUGUCUACCCGAAGCACUUGAAGUACGACAGCCAAAAGUCAUUCGCAAAGGCUAGAAACAUAGCUGUCUGCAUUGAGUUCAAGGACUCAGACGACGAAGAGGCUGUUUCACUGAAGUGCAUCCAUGGACGACCUGGAGGACCCUUGUUUACCAAACAUGCCUUUGCUGCAGUAUUACAUCACCAGCACAACCCCGAAUUCUACGAUGAGUUUAAGAUUGAGCUGCCAACCCAGCUCCAUGAGAAACAUCAUCUGCUCUUCACCUUCUACCAUGUCAGCUGUGAUAGCAACAGCAAGGCCAGCACCAAAAAGAGAGACCUGGUUGAGAUUCAAGUGGGCUACGCCUGGCUCCCCCUGCUGAAAGAUGGCCGGGUGAUCAUGAAUGAGAGUCAGAUCCCUGUGGCUGCCAACCUGCCUGCUGGAUACCUCAACUUUCAGGACGGUGCCAGCAAGCAUUCAGGUCCUGAAGUCAAAUGGGUGGAUGGAGGCAAGCCUUUAUUUAAGGUGUCCGCUCACCUCGUGUCCACUGUCUACACUCAGGAUCAGCAUUUGCACAAUUUCUUUCAUCACUGUCAGAGCGCUGCGUCUGCUCCCCAGGUGUCAGGAGGAGAACUGGUCAAAUACCUGAAGAGUCUGCAUGCCAUGGAGAGCCAUGUGAUGAUCAAGUUCCUGCCCACCACCCUGAAUCAGCUGUUUAGGGUGCUAACCAGUGCCACCCAAGAGGACGUGGCAGUCAACGUCACCAGAGUCAUGAUUCACAUUGUUGCCCAGUGCCAUGAGGAGGGGCUGGAGCACUACCUGAGAUCAUAUGUGAAGUUUGUGUUCAAGGCUGAGCCAUACACAUCCUCCACCACCCGAUCAGUACAUGAGGAGUUGGCUAAAGCCAUGACUGCCAUCUUGAAGCCUUCCACUGACUUCCUCACAAGUAACAAGCUUCUCAAGCACUCCUGGUAUUUCUUUGAAGCGUUAGUCAAGUCCAUGGCUCAGUACUUGAUUGAGAGCGGUAAAGUGAAGCUGUCCAGGAAUCAGCGCUUCUCAGCAUCCUUCCAUCACACUGUGGAGACUCUGGUCAACAUGAUGAUGCCACACAUCACUCAGAAAUACAAAGACAACCUGGAUGCUGCCAGGAAUGCCAACCACAGUUUGGCAGUCUUCAUCAAGCGCUGUUUCAACCUGAUGGACAGAGGCUUUGUGUUCAAGCAGAUCAACAACUAUAUCAACUGUUUUAUGCCUGGAGACCCAAAGACGCUGUUUGAGUUCAGGUUUGAGUUCCUGCGAGUUGUGUGCAACCACGAGCACUACAUCCCCUUAAACCUGCCCAUGCCUUUUGGAAAGGGAAGGAUACUGAGAUUUCAAGCUUUAUUAUCUCCAUGUGAUACGGUGGAGUCGUACGAUGCUCUAGUAGACCUCCAACUGGAUUACUCGCUGACCGAUGACUUCUGUAAGAACCACUUCCUGGUCGGGCUGCUGCUCAGGGAGGUCAGUACAGCUCUGCAGGAGUUCAGGGAGGUUCGUCAGAUAGCCAUCCAGGUGCUGAAGAGUCUGAUGAUAAAACACACAUUUGAUGACCGCUACACCUCCAAAAGCCAGCAGGCCAGGUUGGCCACCCUCUACUUGCCCUUGUUUGGUCUGCUCCAAGAGAAUGUCAACAGGCUGAAUGUGAAGGAAGUAUCCCCGUUCCCUAUCAACCACUCCAACAAUAAUGGAAGAGAAGAUUCACUUCUUACCAACGCUUUGAUGACACCUCCGAGGUCGAGCACCUUUCUGGACACCAGCUUGCACAAAGAUGUUUUUGGAGUCAUCUCUGGCACCUCUUCACCUCACACGUCAUCAACCCCCAACAUUAACUCUGUGCGCCAUGCAGACUCUCGCGGCUCACUCAUCAGCACUGAUUCUGGCAAUAGCCUGCCUGAGAAGAACAAUGACAAGGGCAACUCUCUGGACAAGAAUCAGCCUGCUUCAACCAUGGGCAGUACCCUGCUGCGAUGUGAUAAACUGGACCAAGCAGAGAUCAAGAGUCUCCUCAUGUGCUUCUUACAUGUGCUCAAAAGCAUGUCUGAGGAUGCUCUGUUCACAUACUGGAACAAGGCGUCAACUGCUGAGUUAAUGGACUUCUUCACUCUAGUCGAAGUGUGCCUCCAUCAGUUCAGAUACAUGGGAAAGAGAUACAUUGCAAGGAACCAGGAUGGGGCAGGACCCGUAGCACAUGAGCGGAAGUCUCAGACUCUGCCUGUGUCCCGUAACAGGGCGGGAAUGAUGCAUGCCCGCUUACAGCAGCUCAGCAGCCUGGAUAACUCAUACACUUUUAACCACACCUACAGUCACUCGGAUGCAGAUGUGUUAAAUCAGUCACUGCUGGAGGCUAACAUAGCUACUGAAGUGUGCCUGACUGUCCUGGACACGUUAAGUAUCUUCAUCAUGGGAUUCAAGACCCAGCUGUGCUCUGACCACGGCCACAGUCCACUAAUGAAGAAGGUGUUUGAAGUCCACCUCUGUUUCCUACGGAUCAAUCAGUCAGAGACGGCCCUCAAGCAGGUCUUCACUUCACUGCGCACCUUUAUCUACAAGUUUCCCUGCACAUUUUUUGAAGGGCGUGCUGACAUGUGUGCUGCUUUCUGCUAUGAGAUCUUGAAGUGUUGUAACUCCAAGCUGAGCUCCAUUCGCAGUGAUGCAGCCCAUCUGCUCUACUUCCUCAUGAAGAGCAACUUUGACUACACAGGUCGCAAGUCUUUUGUACGGACUCACUUACAGGUGGUGAUUGCUGUCAGUCAGUUGAUAGCUGAUGUGAUUAGUAUCGGAAGUACCCGCUUCCAGCAUUCUCUGUCAAUAAUCAACACCUGUGCCAACAGUGACAAAACUAUUAAGAACACAGCUUUCCCAUCAGAUGUGAAGGACCUGACCAAACGUAUUAGAACAGUUUUGAUGGCCACGGCUCAGAUGAAGGAGCACGAGAGAGAUCCAGAGAUGCUGGUGGACCUGCAGUACAGCCUAGCCAAGUCUUACGCCAGCACGCCUGAACUACGCAAGACCUGGCUGGACAGCAUGGCCCGAAUCCAUGUGAAGAAUGGGGACCUGUCAGAGGCUGCCAUGUGCUAUGUGCACGUUGCAGCACUUGUGGCAGAAUACCUGCGGAGAAAAGGCAUGAUCAAGCAGGGCUGCUCAGCGUUCCGUGUUGUGACUCCAAACAUUGAUGAAGAAGGAGCAAUGAUGGAGGACGUCGGUAUGCAGGACGUCCAUUUCAAUGAAGAUGUCCUAAUGGAGCUUUUGGAGGAGUGUGCAGAUGGACUGUGGAAAGCUGAGCGUUACGAGCUCAUCUCUGACAUCUACAAGCUCAUAAUCCCCAUUUAUGAGAAGCGCAGGGACUUUGAGAAACUGGCCCACCUGUAUGACACGCUGCAUCGUGCAUACAGCAAAGUGACAGAAGUCAUGCACACAGGCAAGAGAUUGCUCGGCACCUACUUCAGAGUGGCGUUCUUUGGCCAGGCAGCGCAGUACCAGUUUACUGACUCAGAGGCUGAGGGCUUCUUUGAAGAUGAAGAUGGUAAGGAGUACAUAUACAAAGAACCCAAAUUCACCCCCCUGUCGGAGAUAUCUCAGAGGCUCCUUAAGUUGUACUCUGACAAGUUUGGACAGGAUAACGUGAAGAUGAUUCAGGACUCAGGGAGGAUAAACCCCAAAGACCUGGACUCUAAGUAUGCGUAUAUCCAAGUCACACAUGUGACCCCUUACCUGGAGGAGAAGGAGCUGGUGGACAGGAAGACGGACUUCGAGAAGAGCCACAACAUCCGUCGCUUUGUGUUUGAGAUGCCUUUCACCAUAUCAGGCAAAAAGCAAGGCGGUGUGGAGGAGCAGUGUAAACGCAGGACUAUACUAACCACCACACAUUGUUUCCCCUACGUAAAGAAACGGAUUGCAGUGAUGUAUCAACACCACACUGAUCUGAGCCCCAUUGAGGUGGCCAUCGAUGAGAUGAGCAAGAAGGUGGCCGAGAUCAAACAGCUCUGCUCCUCCAGUGAGGUGGACAUGAUCCGUCUGCAGCUUAAACUGCAGGGCAGCAUCAGUGUCCAGGUAAACGCAGGACCUCUUGCAUAUGCCCGAGCUUUUCUGGACGAUGCAGGCGCCAAGAAGUAUCCUGAUAACAAGGUCAAACAACUGAAAGAGGUCUUCAGGCAUUUUGUGGAGGCAUGUGGCCACGGCUUAGGCAUUAAUGAGCGGCUGAUCAAAGAGGACCAACAGGAGUAUCAUGAUGAGAUGAAAGCCAACUAUAGGGACCUAGCCAGAGAGCUGUCCAUCAUCAUGCAUGAGCAAAUCAGUCCUGUGGAAGAUGGCAUGAAGAGCGUUCUUCCAGACUCGCUUCACAUCUUUAAUGCCAUCAGCGGCACGCCAACCAGUGCCAUCAUCCAGGGCAUCCCCAGCUCUUCCUCUGUGGUAUGAUGCAUGCCUGGGUUAGCCUUGAACCCAGCGCCCUCUGUACUCGCCAGCCAGGCAUGCCAGUGAUGCCAUGUCGUCACUUCUAAACCCGAUCCUGCUUCUCUUUAGUCAGCUUAAAGGGAAACUGACACAAACACAGGCAACUCUGACCACCUCUCACCUUUCUCAGUAAACCAUGACCAAGGCACUGGACCUAUUUAACGUAUACACAGCAUGGAAACUGUGUUGGAUGUGGCCAAUUUCAAUUUUUCCUGUGACAGUAUGAGGUGAAGCCUGAGACCUGAGCAAUAAGAGAGGGGAUCGUGCAGGAGAGACGACAGACUGUGUUCCUGCUUCAUGGCCAGACAUAAUUUGUGACGAGACAUAACCUGUCUACUCCCGCGCUUGUUUCUACCUGAAAAGACUGGGCACUGAUUUCCAUGGAGACAUUCCUGUUGGGGUCUUUAAUAUGCAUGUCAUUACAUUACACCCACCACCCUCCCAACAGCUCAUUUUUGUUUAUUUUGAUAAUGUUUCACAUUGUUUUUUUUUGUAUGUACAGUAUUCUACUUUUAUAAGCCACUGUAUUGAUGUCUUGAUGAACAGUAUAUACUGCAUACAUCGAUGCUCAUCCUUGUAUAUGAAGUUAUAUUUCUACAAAAAUGCAAAUUUGCAAAAUGGCCUCCUAUGACUCAUGUUAGCAUUCAACCUUAAAUCACUUCAAUGUCUUAGAACGGGAGCAUUUUUUAAAUAUUUAAAGCCAUUGCAUACAAAAAGUAAAUUCCAAGUUGUCUAUUAAUGUAUAUAAAAAAAAGGAGUGUGUGCAAUAUUUGCAAAGUAUCUUGCUGUGUGGGGCUCAUACACUGUAAAGAUGAUGUUCACCUUCUUGCCAAAGCGAUGAGGUGUGGAACCAGACACUACGCCUACUGUGGAUGGAAGCUUUUAUCAUUUUAGUGUUCAGUGAAAUGUUCAAGAAAUUGUUUUAUAUUCGGGCAGCAAUGGGUUUGUUUUUUUUAAUUUAACACAAAGUCACUGUUCUGCUGUAAACAGAGAUGUUCCUUAAUGCUUUUCUUUUAAAUAAAAUACACUCAUUUCUCUGCA